AUGACCGUAGACCGCGACGGUCAAGAAGUCAUCUGGGACACCGGUGCCUCAGAUAAUGUCACUGGGGACAGGUACGCACUGUUUGACUUCACAUUGCUAGAACAACCGAUUGCUGUCAAGGUUGCCACUGACUUGGCGUGUGAUUUCAUCACAGGUACGGGUACUUUGAGAUUUGCCGGGAUGAACAAAAUGACUAUUGCUGUUAAGAAGGUCUAUUACUAUGAGCGAGCAAGGUCCACUCUACUUUCCAUUGCUGCGUUCAAGAAAUCAAAUGCUCAGUUCAAAGUAAACACUAAUUUUGACUCUAUUGAUCUGCUAUCUAGCGACGGAAAAGUUCUCCUCCGAAGCAUAUUCGAUGCGACAAAAAACUCGUGGCCGGUGAUUCGACCUAUGCGCGCUUUCUCUUCCCUUCCCUACUGCCCAUCUACUUUGUUUCCCAACUGUUUCUCACCUGCAAUUGAGGCACAUGCCGUUUUCAAGUCACCUACUCUGGUUGAACAUAGCCAGUUCACAUGGAACGCUGAGGAUCUCACUGCAGAUGAGAAGACCCUCCUUUUUUGGCAUUGGUUGUUCGGACAUGCUAGCCUCAGGAAAAUAAGGAGAAUGGUCAAGCUUCAGCUUGGAUAUGGUUUGCCUGCAACAAUGCCCAGAGGCUCCAUCAAAUGCCCCGUGUGCGCCAUAUGCAAAGCAACUAGGACGUCAGCACUCGGUCCUUCAAAUUGUGUGUCUGGUAAGUUAUCUGUAGUUUGUGUCAACCUAAUGGGCCCUUUCGACACACCAACGCUGAGCGGCGGAAAAUAUGCGCUAACUAUUCGAGAUGUUUACACGUCUUACAGUGAAGUAAAGAUUUUAAAAACAAAAGGGGAAGCGGCGGCGAUACUGAUGCAAACCGUAACGCGAUGGGAAACUCAGACCGACAGCAAAUUGAAAAUACUACAAUCUGACAACAGUGGUGAAUUUGACUCAAAAGUCCUUGGGGAUUUCCUCAGUAAGAAAGGUGUCGUGGCUGAACGGUCCUUGCCAUAUCACCAUUUCCAAAAUGGAGCAGCGGAGUGCUACAACCGUACGGUCUCCGACAUGGGACAAAGCAUUCUCUACGACAGUGAAUUGGGACGUGAGUUUUGGGGUUACACCUUUAUGUGGUCAGCAUGGACACUAAACCGCAUACCUAAUCGGAUAACAAAAGAGAAGAUUCCGUAUGAAUGUUUCUUCGGAGACAAACCUCAGCUUGAUAGAACACGGGUUUUUGGGUCCAGAGCCUACGUCCUUGUGGCACUGGAGAAACAAAAGAAAUUGGACGGCCGAGCAGUUGAAGGGCUAGUAGUAGGACACCUGGCGGAGUCGAAAGGCUGGACGUUCUGGCUCCCUGCAACCAAGAAGCUGGUAUCCUCCGCUUGGGCGGAAUUUGGACGCAACGCUCUACCGUCGACCGCGGUCGUGGCAACUUCUGGAGACUUGAAGAAGGCUGAAAUGCUACCAUUGAUCACCAAACCCGCGGCAGAAUCAAGACAUCUGGAGCUGGGUGACUUCACCGAAGAGCGUCGAGUUGAACUCCAAGAAGAGGCAGUUGAUGCGGUAUUAAAGGAUUGUCACGAUGAGUCCAACGAGAUCCCGUUGUCUUUCAAAGAAGCUAUGUGA